AUGAUUCUCACAAGAAGAUUUUUCAAGCUGCUGAAACUUAUCUCUGCAGUAAUUGUUCUUACUGGUUUAUUCAUUGCAACUAAUAAUUAUUUGGAUGAUGCUGUUUCUGUUUCAGUAUCUGAUUAUACACAACGUUUACAAAGUUAUAUUAAUCUAUCACCGGAAAUAGUAAAUUCUAAUAAUGAAAAACCCCCAUUAACGGCAGAGAUCAUAUCUGAGGAUUCUUCGAAUGUUAAUCAUAUGGCUACUGUAACAUCUACUGCAAACAAUAACAAUAAUAUUAAUUCGAAUUCCAAGCUUUCCAAUCCUAAAUCCAAUUCAGGAUCUAGUUCUUCCAAAUCUAAUAUCAAAACACAAGAAGAUGAUGAAGCCACUAGAAAACAAAAAGUUUAUAAAUUUUAUCAAGAUAUCUUUAAUAUUUUAAAAAAUACCACUAUUCCAGGCAAAAGUGAUCGAGUUUAUAAAUUAGAAUGUCAAUUGAAAGGAGAUGUUGGUACUAGACCAGAUAAUUAUAAAGAAUGGUAUAAAUUGACUAGUAAAGAAUUAUCCAAUUGUUUAGAAGUUCCAUAUGAAACUGCCAAGAUGUUACAAGAAAGUCAUGCUGAUUAUGUUGAUAAGAUUGGUUCUUUAGUAUUACCAAAAGUCGCAUAUGGCGGUAAAGGUAUUGUUACUGUUGGUGGUGGUAAAUUUUCAGUAUUGGCAUUUUUAAUUAUUAGAACUUUAAGAAAUUUAGGUACAUCAUUACCAGUAGAAGUUUUCAUUCCACCAAGUGAUGAAGGUGAAACUGAUUUUUGUAACAACGUUUUACCACAAUAUAAUGCUAAAUGUAUUUAUAUGACUGAUAUUUUACCCAAGGAAUUUGUCGAUGAAUUUGAAUUUAAAGGUUAUCAAUUUAAAUCUUUGGCAAUGAUUGCAUCAAGUUUUGAUGAUUUAUUGAUGCUUGAUGCUGAUAAUUUCCCUAUUAAAGAUUUGGAUAAUAUUUUCGAACAAGAACCAUAUACUUCCACUGGAUUAGUGAUGUGGCCUGAUUUCUGGAGACGUACUACAAACCCAGUAUAUUAUUCUAUUGCUGAUGUUCCUGUUAAUGAAAAAAAGAGAGUUCGUAAUACAUUUGAUGAUUUAACUCCAGUAGAGAUUUAUACCGAAGAUAUCAGUGAUUUAUCAGAUGUCCCCUUCCAUGAUCUAGAAGGUACUUUACCAGAUGUCUCUACUGAAUCCGGUCAACUAAUGAUUAAUAAAGAAAAGCAUAUUGCUACAGUGUUAUUAGCUUUGUAUUAUAAUUUCAAUGGUCCAACUUGGUAUUAUCCAAUCUUUUCUCAAAAAGCUGCUGGUGAAGGUGAUAAAGAAACUUUCAUUGCAGCAGCAAACUUCUAUGGCUUAAGUUAUUAUCAAGUUAGAACCUCAGUAGGUGUUGAUGGUUAUCAUCAAAGUGACGAUAAGGGAUUCCGUGGUGUAGCCAUGUUACAACAUGAUUUUGUUCAAGAUUAUGAAAGAUAUGAAAGAGCAAGAAAUGAAAUAGAUAUCAAAUAUGGUGGUGCAAAGAAAGUUAUGAAAUAUGAUUAUAAUUAUUCGCCAGAUGAUUUUUAUAAGACUUAUUUUGAUAGUGGAGAUGAUUCCAAUGUUAAUCAACCUAUUAAAGAAGUAGAUAUCAUGUUUGUUCAUUCCAAUUUACCAAAAUUCGAUCCAUUCACAUUAUGGGAUGAAAAUGAUUUAACUUUAGACGGAUCUCAUUUCAGAUCAUAUCUGAAAUUACCACAUUUGACUCACUACGAUUUAGAAUAUGAAAAUUUCAAAAUCUUCCAUCAAAGUUUAUGUGUAUUGAAAAACCAAUUCAAAUAUUUGGAAGAUAAAUUCCAAGGUAAAGAAUCUAAUAGGGAAUCCAUGUGUAAUUAUAUCAUGGAUAGAUUGAAAUAUUUGACAGACACCCAUGAAAUGGCAUUAAAGGGUCCAAUAUCAGCUUAA